AUGAAUGGAAAGAAUUCUUCUUCUUCCUCUUCUAAUGGGUCUUCUCUUUCAUCUAAAACCCACUGUAAACAUUUUCAGAAAUUACUUGUUGAACAACCUGCAAAUCCAACCUCAGCCUAUGAUGAGUAUGGUGAAUUGAGUAUGGAUAAUAGCCUGGCAACGUAUUUAAAUUCUUCCCGUACUAGUUCGACUUUAUCACAACUUUCGAGAUGCAACUGUUGCACCAAUCACUUCUCAUUGAAGGAUGAGAAUGUCAUGUGCACUGCUUGUUUUCACAUAUUCACACUUCACACCUUCAGUGAAGGCAAACAAGAAAGAGAGAGCACUUCUUGCCCUCAAUGUAAAAAUGAUAUCACCUUCCACCUCACUUAUAAGGAGUUCUUUUGUUUGGAGUGUUUUGAUUUUGUAACUCUGGAACAUGACUCUUUGAAAUACGUUCUUCUUCCCUCACUCUUUUCCUCAUCCAUCAUGAACAAUUCAUCGGAUAAGCAGAGUGAAAAGAAGAGAAAAAUUUCCCACAAUACUAGUAGGGAAACUACCGAGAAAACAAAUAAGGAUUUUAAUUUGGAAUCAUCCAUCAAGACAAUGCUCAAGAGUUCUGUAAAUACACGAGAAAACUCAUUAUUGGGCCUUAGAGGAAUGGUAAAUUUAGGAAACACUUGUUUCAUGAACUGUAUAUUACAAACACUUUCACAUAUUAUUCCAUUGAGAAAUUACUUCCUCUCUGGAACAACAGUUUUGAAAAUAGAAUCAGAAAUUGAGAAUAAUCCCGAAUACAGCUCAGAAUAUGAUCUGAAAACCUACCUGUCCAUAAGUAAGGCUGUCAGGAAUAUGUACACUGAAAUGUAUAACCCAUCCAAUAGCACGACAGCUAUCAAGAGCAAAAAGAGAUCGAGUAAUGGUAAGAGAAAAUCAGAUGGAGAUGAAGUAAUCGAGGAAACUGUCUUUCCAUUCGUUCCAGAUCAAUUUCUCUAUCUCAUUUGGAAUGCUGCAGGAAAUUUGGCUGGCUAUCAACAACAGGAUGCUCACGAAUUUUAUAUCACUCUCCUCUCCUUCCUCAUGCCUGUAAAAUUACCAAAUAAUCAGAGUAAUACCAUUCAGGAAUUAUUUACUGGUCAAGUUCAAUCAGAUAUUAUUUGUAAACAUUGUGGACAUGUUUCAUCAACUAUGGAACCAAUACUCGAUGUUUCUCUUGCUCUUAAGGGAAAGAGUGGAAAGGAAUGGAUUGAUUUAGAAUCAUUGGAGGAAUGUUUGGAAAAGUAUACGAAUGACGAAAGUUUGGAAAUUAAUGAUUAUUCAUGUUCCAGUUGCAAAACCAAAGCCACCAUUACCAAACAGCUCAAAUUUUCAAAAUUGCCAAAACUUGUAUGUUUCCAUCUGAAACGUUUUGAACACAAUGAAGGAGUUGGAAGAAAAUCAGCAUCCAGUUCCAAAAUUGAUGAACACAUUUCAUUCCCAUUCACUUUAAAUAUGACACCUUACAUGUCAAGAUCAUCACAAACGAAGGACAAUAACUCACCAACAACGGAGGAGUACUCACUCUUUUCUGUGGUUUGUCACACUGGAGAUAUGAGUGGAGGUCACUAUACUUGUUUCGUUAAGCAUGAUGUUCAAUGGUAUUUGUGUAAUGACUCGUCCGUUUACUAUGCCAUGGAGGAAGAUGUUGCCGAUAGUGAAGCUUACUGUUUGUUUUACAUGAAGAAAUAAUUAAUAUGAUAUUCUUCAAUAUCAUAUCAUAUUACGAGAUGUGUUGAUAAAUAAUUCCUAGAGAAAUGUUGGC